AUGUCAAUCAGGUGAUGUUGACUUACUUUGGCAGCAGAAAAAGUUGAGUGAAAAUGGCUCAGAAUUAUAAGCUUUUCAGAGAAGAGGACAAGAUUUUCAGCAUAAGGGGUGCUAAUGAUGACUCUAACCCUAAGGAUGGAGGAGAUGUGGGAUGCUGUGGGUACAUCCUCUGGUUCCUGUCCGUAGCAGUCAUUAUCCUCACCUUCCCAUUCUCUCUCUGCCUCUGUAUCAAGGUUGUGCAGGAGUAUGAGAGAGCAGUCAUAUUUAGACUUGGUCGAUUGAUUGCAGGGGGUGCAAAAGGACCAGGUUUGUUUUUCAUCAUUCCCUGCAUUGACUCCUACACCAAAGUUGACAUCAGAACAGUCUCAUUUGAUGUUCCUCCCCAGGAGGUUCUGACUAAGGAUUCUGUAACUGUGGCUGUUGAUGCUGUAGUGUAUUACCGCGUCCAGAAUGCCACAAUGUCAAUUACAAACGUGGAGGAUGCCAACCGAUCUACACGUCUGCUGGCUGCCACCACACUGAGAAACGUUCUAGGGACCAAGAAUCUCAGUGAAAUUCUGUCAGAAAGGGAGACAAUUAGUCACUACAUGCAGAGUUCACUGGAUGAGGGCACAGACCCAUGGGGGGUAAAAGUUGAACGUGUGGAAGUUAAAGAUGUCCGACUCCCGGUGCAGUUACAGAGAGCUAUGGCAGCCGAAGCUGAAGCAGCUCGAGAAGCCAGGGCUAAGGUGAUAGCAGCUGAGGGAGAACAGAAAGCUUCUCGGGCUCUGAAGGAAGCAGCUGAUGUCAUCACGGAAUCCCCCGCCGCCCUCCAACUCCGAUACCUACAGACUCUCAACACCAUAUCUGCUGAAAAGAAUUCAACCAUUAUAUUCCCCUUACCUAUUGACCUGCUACGGUCCUUCAUGUCUCGAAAGGAAAAAUAAACAUUCAUUUAUAUAUCACUGACUACAAUAAAAAUCAUAUUCUGGAGUGCAAUGUUCAUUAUCUAGUCAUUAUUAUACAAAUGCUAUUUGUUUGCUAUAGAUGUUUUCAGAAAUUGAGCAAUAAAUGUGUUUAUAGUUAAAAGAUUCAUACAUUCGUAUUUAUGUGGUGCUAUAUUGUAGAAUCCUUGAAUAUUUUUAAAUGAAUCUGGAAAUGUUCUUGAUUUGUAUUUGCAUCCUUUGCUUUUUGACUUGUGUUCACCAUACAUAAAACAGCUCAUAAUGUUAUAGAGAUGCAGCUUUAUUUUAAUUCUUUUUGUUAGAAUUCAUUUUAUCUAUAUGAUCAAAGAUGAAGUACUAUUAUAUUCUUCUCAAUCUUGUAUCUGUAAAUUGUACUAUUCUAAUGAAAGUGAAUUGAAAAUAUGUACAGUGUCGUGAGCAGAUUCCUUAAUGUUCAUGUUAUGUUAAUGUUAUGCAGUGAUAAAUAACCUCAGUUGAUGAAUUAGAGUUUAUCAACAUAUUUAUAUGAUUUGUUGUCCUCUCAUGAACUAUUUGUUAUAUAAAAAUAUAUUUAAUUUUAAUGGAGGCUAGAGUUUGAAAUAAAAACAACACAAAAACAAA